AUGGAGCAGUUAUCAGAUGAAGAACUUGACCAUGGUGCUGAGGAAGACAGUGACAAAGAAGAUCAGGAUCUGGACAAAAUGUUUGGAGCUUGGCUUGGGGAGCUAGACAAACUUACACAGAGUUUGGAUACUGACAAGCCAACACAACCAGUAAAAAGAUCUCCUCUUCGCCAGGAAACAAACAUUGCCAAUUUUUCUUAUCGCUUCUCCAUGUACAAUUUGAAUGAAGCCCUGAAUCAGGGAGAAACUGUGGAUUUGGAUGCCCUGAUGGCUGAUCUUUGCUCUAUUGAGCAGGAACUCAGUAGCAUUGGGUCUGGAAACAGUAAGCGUCAAACUACAGAAACAAAAGCUGCUAUGAAAUUACCUGCUGGCCGACAUACCUUGAAACAUGGCACCCUGAAAGGAUUGUCCUCUUCGUCUAAUAGGAUAACUAAACCUUCACCUGCCAACUACUCCUUGGAUGAUAUUACUGCACAAUUAGAACAGGCUUCUCUCAGCAUGGAUGAAGCUGCUCAGCAGUCAGUAAUGGAAGAUGCCAAACCUACAGUGAUUAAUCAGCACAGGAGAACAGCAUCUGCAGGUACUGUAAGUGAUGCUGAAGGACGCUCUAUUAGCAAUUCAUCUCGUUCAAGCAUCACUUCUGCAGCUUCCAGCAUGGAUUCUCUGGAUAUUGAUAAGAUGACACGUCCUCAAGAACUAGAUCUGACACAUCAGGGGCAACCAGUAACUGAGGAAGAACAGGCAGCCAAGGUGAAGGCAGAAAAGAUCCGAGUGGCCCUGGAGAAGAUUAAAGAAGCCCAAGUGAAGAAGCUUGUAAUUAGAGUCCACAUGUCUGAUGACAGCUCUAAAACAAUGAUGGUAGAUGAGAGGCAGACAGUGAGACAAGUAUUGGAUAACCUGAUGGACAAGUCACACUGUGGCUAUAGCUUAGACUGGUCACUAGUAGAGACCAUCUCCGAAUUACAAAUGGAGAGAAUCUUUGAAGAUCAUGAAAACUUAGUUGAAAAUCUUCUAAACUGGACAAGAGAUAGUCAAAACAAGCUUAUCUUUGUGGAGCGUAUAGAAAAAUAUGCACUUUUCAAAAAUCCCCAGAACUAUCUUCUGGGGAAAAAGGAAACAUCUGAGAUGGCAGACAGAAAUAAAGAAGUACUGCUGGAGGAGUGUUUUUGUGGGAGUUCUGUGACAGUCCCGGAACUUGAAGGAGUACUGUGGCUGAAAGAUGAUGGCAAGAAGUCCUGGAAAAAACGCUAUUUUCUACUGCGAGCUUCUGGUAUCUACUAUGUUCCUAAAGGAAAAGCAAAGGUUUCUCGGGAUCUUGUAUGCUUUCUUCAGCUGGACCAUAUCAAUGUUUACUAUGGACAAGAUUAUCGGAACAAAUACAAAGCACCUACAGACUAUUGCUUAGCCCUGAAGCACCCACAGAUCCAAAAGAAGUCUCAGUAUAUCAAGUAUCUUUGUUGUGACGAUGUUAGAACUCUGCACCAGUGGGUAAAUGGCAUCCGGAUUGCAAAGUAUGGAAAACAGCUCUACCUGAAUUAUCAGGAAGCUCUGAAAAGAACAGAGUCAGCCUAUGACUGGACCUCCUUGUCUAGUUCCAGUAUCAAAUCUGGAUCAAGUUCUUCUAGCAUCCCAGAAUCUCAGUCGAAUCAUUCUAAUCAGUCUGAUAGCGGAGUUUCUGACACCCAGCCAACAGGACAUAUUCGUUCUCAAAGUAUUGUGAGCUCUAUCUUUUCAGAAGCUUGGAAACGAGGCACUCAAUUGGAAGAGUCCAGCAAGGCCAGAAUGGAGUCUUUGAACCGACCUUACACUUCACUUAUGCCCCCUUUGUCCCCACAAACUAAGACAGUUGCCCCCUACACUGCUUCACAGCCAUCCCCGCCUCUCCCACCCCCUCCCCCGCCUCCACCGCCCCCUCCACCCCCUCCGCCACCCCCUCCACCCCCUCUCCCCAGCCAGGCUGCACCUUCUUCAGUUUCAGCAGCCACAAUGUUUGUCAAAUACAGUACAAUAACCAGGCUGCAGAAUGCAUCUCAACAUUCAGGACCUCUCUUUAAACCCUCACCACCCCUGGUGACACAGCAAAUGUCAGCAGCGUCACAGUCGGGAAAACCUCAGCUGCUGGUGCCUCCUAAUGGGGUAGUUCCCCCUCCUCCUCCUCCACCCCCACCUCCUACCCCAGGAUCAGCUAUGGCUCAGUUAAAACCAGCCCCAUGUGCCCCAACAGUCCCUCAGUUCAACCCUCCACCCCCACCUCUGAAAAUCCAUCAAGUGCAGCAGAAUGUUGUUCAGGCUACUCCUCCUGUUCCUGCACCCCCACCUCCCCCUCCUGUUCCUGCACCCCUACCUCCUCAAGCCCCUCCCAAACCCCUGGUGACUCCCCCACCAACCAGUACCAAAACCGCAUCACCGACUGUGAUACAAACCCCACUCCCUGUGCCCACCCCUCCAAUUCCCCCAGCAAAAAAGCAGCCAGUUUUUCCCAUUUCCCAGAUUCCACAAUCUCCUCCUGCUCUUCCUGGUCCAGUUCCCCCACCGACAUUACCCAAACAGAGCUUCUGUGUAAAACCACCUCCUUCCCCGCAAUCUCCAGUGCCAUCUGUUGUGAAGCAGAUAGCCAGCCACUUCCCACCCCCAGCCCCUCCUCCAUCAGAGCCUCAGCCUUUAAAGCCUGUGCCAUUGAGCGUGACACCACAAUCUCCCCCUGCUGUGAAAGCCAAGCCCAAGUGGCAGCCCGGCUCUGUGCCGUCCCCUGACUUUCCUCCACCUCCCCCUGAAAGCGUCCUUGUAUUUCCGCCUCCACCAGCAUCAACACCAGGGCUCUCUCCUGCCCCUGAUAAAAUUGGAUCUCCAGCCAAAAAGACCACCAGCAAGACUUCUAGUCCAGGGGGAAAGAAACCACCCCCCACACCACAGCGAAACUCCAGCAUCAAAUCUAGCAGCUGUGCAGAAUAUCAAGAGUCCAAAAGACCUUCAGUGGACAGCCUUGUUAGCAAAUUUGCACCCCCCUCAGAACCUUCAGGGUCUCCCAGCAAGGAGACUCCACCUCCUCCUGCAGCUCUGCCAAAACCUGGAAAACUCAGUCUCUCUGGAGUCACUCUACCUGUAGUUCUGCAACAAGGAAGCAUUUCAGCAAAAGUACCUGUUAUGAGUGGACCUGGUAAGGACUCGGUGGUAGAAUUUCCUUCUCCUCCUUCAGAUUCUGACUUUCCACCUCCUCCACCUGAAACAGAGCUUCCUCUACCACCAGUAGAGAUUCCGUCAGUAUUUUCAGGAAACACUCCUCCGAAAGUGGCUGUCGUUAACCCUCAGCCACAGCCAUGGUCCAAAACAUCAGUGAAGAAAGCCCCUCCUCCCACGAGGCCCAAACGGAAUGAUAGUACCCGCCUCACACAAGCUGAAACCCCCGAGCAGCAGGUGACUGCCACAGUCGUUCCACAAGUGCCCACUUCUCCCAAGUCCGGCCUUAGCGUCCAACCUGGAUUCUUGGCUGAUUUAAACAGGACACUGCAGCGGAAGUCCAUCACCCGGCACGGCUCUCUCUCUUCUUCCCGAAUAUCCAGAGCAGAGCCAACUGCCACCAUGGACGACAUGGCAUUACCUCCUCCGCCCCCUGAACUGCUCUCUGAUCAACAGAAGGCCGGCUACGGAGGUAGCCAUAUCUCAGGAUAUGCAACAUUGCGGAGAGGGCCGCCUCCUGCUCCCCCUAAAAGGGACCAGAACACCAAGCUCUCUAGAGACUGGUAGUUACCACAGGAUUCUGGAUAAUUCUUCAGUCAGCUAAUCUAACCUAUACAUUCAGGUGUUCAGCACCUCCUUGUCUGAUAGAUAAUGUGAUCCAAAUGGUAUUCAGCUGUAGCUAGGGGUAAUUGUAUACAUUCCCCCUCCCCAUCCCCCAUACUUAGUCCAAAAUGGGUUGUGUGUUUUGGGGAGGGGGUGCGAAGGGGAUAUGUGUGUGUGUCUUAUUAUCCCUUGAUGUUCCUUUUUUUCUGUCACGUGGAUUGGACCAAAAAUCUCUUUCUUUUCUGCAUUUGAGGUAUUUUGUAGUGUCUGUCCAUGUGCAAUGAGACUCCAUUUGUGCAUGUCUUAAAAUAUAUAUUGAGUAGGUCUAUAAUGGGACAUUUCUCACAAUUAUAAAAGACAACCAGAAUGUUUGGUCUAUCUAGAUUGUUUGAGUCUUCACUUCCAAGCAUAGGGAAGGGGCAUUUCAAGCCAGGAAAAGCUCAAUAUCUGAAGAGUGAUAACAAUACUAGGACAGUAUGUGACUAGCUACUUAGAAUAUAGACAUGAGAAAACCAAAACAUUCUGGCUGUAAAAACUUAAAGAAAACAGAAAUUGUUUGGUGAUCUGGAGUAAAAUAAAUUUCUGCCACAAGUAGUCUUCUAGAAUGUGGCAUUGUGUCCCUGAGAAAAUAAGGGACAAAUUACCUGUUAAUAAGCAGUUAGUUCAUUUUACUGUUAACCAGAAAUACCAUUUCAGUCCCUUAAGUUUCUUGAGUUUUUCCUUGAAUUUCCUUGAGCUUUUAAUCAAGUUUGGUUCCAUGUCUCUUUGUUUUGAUUCAUGCGGAUAUUCAUGUCUAGUACCAACCACCUAAUGAUGUUAUGUUCCAGGAUACCAGCUGUCCUUUACACUGUGUGCUUUCUGUACUGCACAUCUCUGCACAAUGUGUACACACAUUAUACAAGUAUCUCAUUGCCCAGAAAACAUCUCUAGGGAGAAUAAAUACCUCGUACGUUUC